CAUUGGGCCCGCGGGCCAUUGUGACAGUGCGGGGCCCCGCCCUGCCCGGGAGGCUAUUUAGGGAGGGCAGGGGCCCGGAGUGCCCUCUUUCUCCCAGGAGAGCUUCUGUCUCAGGAGGCAGCAUCUCUCUCGGGGGCCUCAGCGGCAGAGGAAGUAGCCGACGUUGAAGAUGUGGAAGACGAAGCAGUUUUCCAACUUGCAGCCACGCAAGUGGCUGUCGAGCUGGCAGAGGAAGCACAAGGUGAAGGAUGGGGGAGUAGAGAGCUGCCUUGGCACCAGGGCUGGGCUUGCGGGCACGGAGAGGCCUGACGUGCCAUGGCAACCACCUCCAUCUAACACCGCCUUCUCCUCCUCUUCCUCGCCACAGGUGCACGACUGGCAGACGCAGGCAGCAGCGCAGGAAGAGGAGAACAGCGCCUCUGCUGCUGCCGUGGCUGAGCAGGUGAGAGCAGCAGGGCCAGAGAGCCAGGCAGCUGCCCCACACAGCCCCAGAGGCCGCGGCCGCGCUGUGCUGGGCACGCUGCGGCGCGUGGCACGCGCCGCCCGGAGCGGGCUCGCAGCUGGGAUCCGGCGGCGUGGCCGGAAGCCGGAGCCGCAGAGGGAGGUGGAACCAGGUACGGAGGUAGCGACAGCAGGAACCUCCACAGCAGCAGGGGCAGAGAGGCAGGACUCUGCCCUGCAAAGCCCCUGCUGUCCCCCCAGCCCCUUCUCAAGCCAUCCGGAAGCUCUCAGUGGGCAGUGGGCCGGGGCAGCAGCGGGGGCAGUGCUGGCAGUGGCAGAGAGCGAGGAUGAGGCCUGGUCCGAGGACGAGAGUCUCUGGGAUAUCUCCAGCCUCUUAGAGCUGUCAACGGGGGAUGAAAGCUCAGAGGGAAGCUGGAGUACUGGGCAAGAAUGUAGCUCAGUGUCCCUCCCGUGCCAGGCAUGGGCAGAGCCCGGGAGCUCUUACACCAGGGCAAAGACCCCCACCCCGGACGGGUUUCCAGACCGCUGCGCCCUCAGCCCCUUGCCAAGUGACCUGGAAGCUCUCAGUGGGCAGUGGGCAGGGACAGGAGCCAAGGCCGUCCUCCCAGUGGCACCGACCGAGGAUGGGGCCUGGUGUGAGGAGCUCUCAGACAUCUGCAGCCUCCUAGAGCUGCCCCAAGAAGAACACAGCGGAGGCCAAAGCUGGAGGAGUAGAGAAAAGAGGCUCCCCGUGCCCAUGCCACGUGAGGCGUGGUCAGAGCCCUGGGACCUUCAAGCGCCCACACCGACAGCCCGUGCCCCAGUUCGCCUGUGCCUCAGCAGCCCUUACAUCAGGCCACAGGCCCCGACCCCGGACGCCUGCCCCCCCAGCCCCUCGCCAAGCCAGCUGUCAGCUCUCAGUGGGCAGUGGGCAGCGCUCCCGGACAUCUCCAGGGAGUCCCGAGGGGAAGAAAAUGCACACCAACCGCUGUCCCAGGAAGAAGACAGCCAGGACGAGGAGCUGUCAGAGAAGGAAGGGGAAGUCAUCAAAAUCUACACCAUCUGGGUCAAGCCCUCCCUCAUACCGGUCCUGCUGGAGCCUCAGCCUGCUUGCCGGGAAGGGCCCAAAUGUCCCUGCUUCAUCUGUGCAGAGGCGGCAGAAGAGGCAGUCGGGGACCUGCACAGCACAUCUCCUGCCUCGGCGGGUCCCAGGCACAGCCAGCCAACAGCUGCUGCCCCGCAGCGCCCCACAGGCUGCUGCCCCGCCGUGCUGGACACGCUGCAGCGCAUGGCACGUGCCACCCUGAGCAGGAUUGCAGCUGUGAUUCGGCGACGGGGCCGGCAACCGGGGGAACAGCGGGACCUGGCUCAAGGCAUGGAUCCAGCGAUGGUGGCAACAGCCCCAGCAGCAGGGGCAGAGAGCCAGGCAGCUGCCCUGCACAGACCCUGCUGCCCCCCCAGCCCCUCGCCCAGCCAGCUGGAAGCUCGCGGUGGGCAGUGGGCAGGGGCAGCAGCGCAGACGGUCCUGCCCCUGCCACAGACCGAGGAGGGGGCCUGGUGUGAGGAUGAGAGUCUCUGGGACAUCUCCAGCCUCUUAGAGCGGUGCCAAGGGCAAGAAAACACACACCAAAGCUGGAGUACUGGGGGAGCAAGUAGCUCUGGGUCCCUCCCAUCUGAGGCAUGGUCAGAGCCCUGGGACUCUUCCUCAGGCACAUCCACCUCCACCUCUACGGACUGAGCUGCUGGGGGCAGUCUGGGACGUGUCCUUACCACCUGCAGCUGCACUUGAAGGAAGAAGGCCCUUUUUCCAACAAGACAAAGCGCAAAGAAGAGCUUCGGGGAACUGCAGGCCAUCAGGGGGCCUCGCUGGGAGGACGACUUGCUG